AUGGAACUCUUGAAUGAAGAAAACUCUAGGGAGGCACGGGAGGAGGAACAAGCAGAGAACCUGGAAGUGGUGGAGGCCAUCACGGAAGACGAGGUAAAGAGAGCGCUCAAGAAGAUGAAAAGCGGGAAGGCGGUGGGUCCCGACAACUUGCCCAUAGAAGUCUGGAAGUGCCUGGGGGGAGAAGGAAUAACUUUCCUGUGCGAAACACUCAACAAGAUAUGCGAGGAAGAGGAGAUGCCCGAGUCAUGGCGGCGGAGCACCCUCACCCCUGUCUACAAGAACAAAGGCGACAUUAUGUCAUGUGGAAACUAUCGUGGCAUCAAACUCAUGAGGCACACCAUGAAAUUAUUUGAGCGCACGAUUGAACACAGGCUGAGGAGUCUGGUCAAUAUCAGCAAAGAGCAGUUUAGAUUCAUGGAGGGGAAGUCGACUACGGAUGCCAUUUUUGCCUUGAGACAAGUGCAGGAGAAGUACAGGGACACCCACAAAAAACUGCAUGGCGUGUUCAUUGACCUGGAGAAGGCCUACAACAGAUUACCGUGGGAGGAGCUAUACUGGUGCAUGCGAGAAAAGAACAUCCCAGAAAAGUACGUUAGCAUAGUUAAAGACAUGUACAAAGAGAGUGAGACAAUGGUGAGGUGCGUGUCAGGAACAACAGAGCCUUAUAAGGUGGAGGUGGGGCUGCACCAGGGGUCAACACUGAGCCUGUUCCUGUUUGCUAUCAUCAUGGAUAUCCUCACAGACAACAUCAGGAUAGAAGCUCCAUGGAGCAUGAUGUUCGCGGACGAUGUGGUGAUCUGCUGCGAGGGGAAAACCGAGCUAGAGGAGAACCUAGAGAGGUGGCGCGAUGGACAGGAGAAGAGAGGUAUGAAAGUGUCGAGAGUGAAGAUAGAGUACAUGUGCUUGAACGGAGUCCCCGGAGGAAGCGUACGGAUACAGGACCAACGGUUGCCAGAAGUAAAAGAAUUUAAGUACCUUAGGAGCACGUUGCAAGCGGAUGGAGGAGUGGACGCAGAGAUUAGCAGAAGGAUUCAAUCAGGAUGGAACAACUGGAAGAAGAUGAGCGGUGUGUUGUGUGACAAGAGGAUCCCAACCAGAGUGAAGGGAAAGAUGCACCAGACAGUGAUCCAGCCUGCAAUGCUCUAUAGGUUGGAGACGAGACCUCAAACAAGACGACAUAGAGAUUGGAGGUGGCCGAGAUAA